CGCAUAACUAGAAUUCAGGAAGCUUCUUGCUGAGAAAUCAGUUCGCCAUUAGUUCUUCGGGAACUAUCGUGGAAAGUGGUCAGCAGAUAUGCUGGACUGAGGUCUCGGUGAAGCUGAAGGAGAGUCGGUCUAAGGGAAAAAUUUUUCUUUCUGUAAAGUUCAUCUAUUUUGAGUCGGGAGAAGGUCAGUUUUGCUUCUUUUGUUCGAUGUGAGAAAGUGCAGUGGAGUUUUGCAAUCAAAAUGUGAUAACUGGCGCGUGUGAAACUAACCGUGUCGGGAGGACGACAAACGUAAUCCUAGCUUGGGAAAAUGCAAGGUUUGAAAUAGUUGUUUUUCCUUGAAGACGACUUUGCUGCACAAAAUCACUGCAUUGCAGAUGGAAAAUAUGUAAUGCUUCGGGAUACAAUUCAACUGGUCUUUCCCAAGGCAACAGACCGAAGAUAUUACAAUACCAUGUAAACUCGAUAAAAAACAAUCUUCCGUCUUGAAUACAUCAUUCUUCUGGACAAAAUGUAAAGAUCCUUUACAAGAUUCAUCGCGCCCCGUAAAGGGGCACAGUUACCGCCAAAGGAUCAUUAGAAGAGUAGAAUGUGCAUCCUUGAACAGAACACCAUCACAAAAAGGAUGUAAACAAGAUUAUACAAUGGAGUUGAAUACAAAAGGAGUAAAUUCUUCAUUUCGACCAACUUGGAUUUUCAGUUUCUUCGUUUUAUUGCUGUUAUCAAACUUGUGCCAGGCCGACAAUUGCUUUCCACCAGUGUUGGGCGUACUAUUAAGCAUCUGGAUUCCACAGGUGUCGGCCGAAUGUCAAACACGAUCUAUUUAUUGUUAUGAGUGCGACUCAUGGACGGAUGCAAGAUGUAAGGAUCCUUUCAACUAUACUGCUCUACCACGUGAUCAGCCUCCACUCAGCACAUGUAAUGGUUGCUGCGUGAAAAUGGUUCGGCAUUCGAAAUCACCAUAUGAGGUCGUCCGUCGUAUGUGUACAUCGCAAUUACAAAUUAAUUUAUUUAUGGUGGAUCAUGUGUGCAUGAUGGAAAGUUCAGGCAAUGGUCAUAUGUGUUUUUGUGAGGAAGAUAUGUGUAAUUCAAGUGAUUCCCUACUUAAAUCCUCUAACCAUCUGCUUGAAACUGUAUUUCUUAUCAUCUUGUCUACAGUACUAAUCGUUUACCGUACAUCGUUUGGUCGUUGUUCAUUUUUUUAGAAAACAGAAAACAAACUAAUCUAAAUAGAUAACCAUUGAAAAAAAUGACAAACAAACAAAUUUUCCAAAAUGUUUCUUAUAUUCAUUCAAUUCAAUGAACAUUUUCAUUAAUAGUUGAUUCAUUCUGAGUCGAUAAUUUUAAUUCUUCUAUGGUUUUUUGUUUUUAAUUAAAAUUGCUAUGUUUUCAGGCGUUUUUCAACACAUAUAGAAAGUGUUUAAAGUAGAUAUGAACAAUUUGCUUAUCUUAGAAUUUUAUCUGAAUUGUAAGAAAAUUAGAGGAGAAAUAGUGCAUGAUAUUUCGAGCAUGAUUACACAAUGUUAUUAAUAAUUAGUUGGAUUCAAUUCUAACGAGUAUUUAUGAGAUCUAACUCAAAAAAUUAUUUGAAAUGUUACUCAAAACAAACAUAUAUAUUUAUGAUCUUAUCCAAAAGAAAAUUUCAUUACUUUUCACUUUUCUCACACAACAUUAAGAUAUCUUCUUAGAUAACAACUUUGAACACUUAAAUUCAAUUUACACGUAACAUUACUACUAUUACUUCGAUGAAAAUAAAACAUUAUAAGAAUUUAUUCAAUUCACAAAUAACUACAAAUCUACUAUUCAAAUUAUACUAUUCCGAACAGUUUUAUUCAAUAUUAUAGAUUGUGACAAGAUUGAGUCUAUUUUAACACAAUUUUUAUCUAAUUCAAUGUACGGUGACUAGGGAAAUGGGAUAAAGCAUGGCAGAUAUUUAUUUUUUCAUUAUUUUUAGACGCGGAUUUUUAUAAGAUUAAAAUUGAAAAUUAUAUUGAACUAGGCACAAAAAUUUGCCAAUUAUUCGAAUAAAUCAAAUAAAGCACAAAUUUGCCGCCAUUUUUUUCGUGCAAAUUCCUUAUACGUAAAAAUCUAUUGCGUACAAAUUUCUUCCAAAAUUUUUGAUGUUUUCAAAUUUUUUAGAUAAUAAUUUUUCGUACAGAUACUUAUAUCUGUAUUAGAGUUAUUUAAUAAUUAUAGCCAGACUGAAAGAUAAAAAUUGUGGUAAAAUAGACAAUAUUUAUAUCUGCUGUAAUUUCACUGAUUACACUGAUGUUAACAAUAAUUUAAUUCGUUACUUAGAUGAAGGGAACGCCUUCAGAUUUUAAUAACAGUUUGAAUAACAAUCCAAGUUGCAUUUUUGUGAGCUUGAUUUGUUUUGGGAGUGGAAAAGUCUUUGAGGAUAUAUGAUGAUAGAAGCAUGGUUGGUAUACCCUCUACAAGCAAAUCAAGCCCAUGAAAAUCAUGCAUGCUUCAGUUUUCACGUUACUUAUUCACUAGACUAGGAUAAGUAAUAUAUUCCCAUUUUCUGAAUGCAUUCAAUUAACACAUUUAUCAUUUGUUAGUAUGUUCCAUUGAACAAUGUACUUCAAACGUCUUUUUUAGUGUCUUUAUUGAAAUUCAUUCGCAAAAUUUUAUAAAUUUCUUUGAUAUAUUCUAGAAAUUCUCACUUUUUCAGCAAAAUUUUAUUUAAGUUGAAUGAAUCACGGUACGCUUCAUUUCACUUAUAAUUCUUUAACACUUAGUUAUGGACACUGGUAACUAAAAAUUUAUUUAUAUUUAUCAUGGCUCAAAUUAGGGUCAGCUAAUUGGCAUCUACUUUGCAAUUUCUGUAUUUAUAUCUUUUGAAAAUCAUUUUUUAUAAUUUUUCUAAGAUACAUGUGUAUAUUGGGAAACAUCUAAAACAAAUAAAAGAACAACAGACACUAAGAAGGUCAGACGAAAAAAAGAAAUUAAAAAAAAUAGAUUAACACUGGCAAGAUAACCUUUCAAGAACAAUAAAUUCCUCACAAAUUAAAAGCACUGUUCGCAUACAAAGUAAAAAUGUUUUUAUUCGAUUAAUAACAAUUAGCUUCCUUCUAUUUAAUAAAAAAAAACAAAACUAAACGCCGAAGAAAAACAUUUUUUCUUAUUUUCGCUUGGAAAUAUGAGCAAGCAAAAGAAUAUUUAUAUUCAAUUUUCACUUUUACACCAUCAAAUGUUAUAUAAAGUGCUUUUCACAUAUGAAGCCACGGCUCUGAUUAAUUUGUUCAUCAUGUAUUCACUGAUUUACCAUCUUUCACUACUAUCUACCACGCUAUCUGUGACAUGGUGAAUGCAAAAAUGUAAAGAAAAUGGAAAUUUCAUACUUAUUAGGUUGAAAGUCGAGAAACAAAUACAAAAUAGUAGUGAAGAACAAACAGAACAAUUUCAACAAUUAUUCGAAAUAUAAAAAAUAUUAUUGAGAACAAAAAUGAGAAAUCUUAUAUUAGUCUAUUUCUAAACUACCAGAAAAUAUAUUUAUUCAUUGUUGUAAUGUUACUUCGCUAUUUAUUCUCUUUAUUAAUUAGACGGUUAGCAUUACUUAUAGUUGGCAAAGUUCUAGAGAAAAAAAACAAAUUAUAAGUAGUUUAAGACAAGAUUAAUUUUUAGAAAAGGACAUGUACUUCUAAAGGGUUGGUACAUUUAAUAGGUAAGGAAGCGUGAUUCAAGUAAAGAAUCUUAUUUGAAAGCAAAAAUCAACCAAAAGUAUGCAUUUGAAAUAUAAAUAUAUUGGAUUCAGAUAAUAUAUAAGAAUAAUUAAGGCAUCAAAUUAGCUUAUAUAUUUACGCAGGUAAAAUAAUAUAUACCUUCAAUUCGAGGAAGAAUGUUAAAAGGGAAAAAUUAAUCGUCAUUCUACCUAAUUGUUUAUUGCAAAUAAUAUAACGCGCAUACACUCUAAGGUAGUAAAUAGUUACAAACAAUUUAUUUUACUAAAUAUAUAUAUUAUUGAAAUUUAUCUAAAAUUCAAAGUUUAAAAUUUAAUUUUUAUUUUCUAGUGUAUAUUGUCUCAAUGAAAAGUGUAAAGACGAAACUUAGUUGUAAAACACGCGAAAUAGAAAUCAACUUAACGCUGAUAAAUAUAAUUAAAUAAAAGAAAGAUAUAAAGAGAAUGUAAGUUAGGAGACAACAUAGCUAAAGCUGUAAGGAUACUGCUUGAUAUUUAACAAAUAAAAAAAAACACUUAAACUAAAUGGUAAGCAUUGAACGGAAAAAAAUACGAUACUCUUGAUAUAUAUAUAUAAAUAUAUUUUUUAAUGAAAAACAAACAUGAAAUUCUUGUCUAGAGAAGUCUUAAUAACACCAAACCAGUUGAUAAUAAAAAUCCCUUGGCCAAUUUAAGGAGUGACGAGGUCUCGCCUAUGAUGUGUUUCUCUCAAAAACUCCGCACAACUGGAAGCUCAUGAGUUUUAUGGUUGAACAGCUUCCAAGAUGUGUAUGUAAUUCAAAGAAUAACCAUCAAUAUUACUUCACAUCUUGACCUGAAACUUCAUGAAGAGGAAUUUUCUAGACAAGAUUUCAAUACGAAAAACAAAAAAGAGAAGAAGAUACCAUCUUGAAACCAAAUUGUUGUGCAUAACUAGUGAAAUUUUUCAUAUAAAAGAACAGUUUAAAGGUAAAUAUCUUUAUGUAAAAUAAAAUAAUUGUAGAUUCUAAAGUAAUUUAUAGUAAAUAAUUGAAGAUUACGCAAUGUUUAUUACUUUAUUAAUUAUGGAAAAGAAGAAAAUAUUUUAUUAUAUAUUUAUAUUUUUCAUCUUAAAGUGAGUCAAAUCAAAGGAUUUAUGACUAACAUAAAAAAAUCAUAUUCAACAGACCAUUUAAGUUUAAGAAAUAUAUUUAAAUCUAAGUUUAUUUCUAAGAUAAACCAACAAUGGUGCGAAAAUAAAAGAACAAAACACAAUGAAAAUCAACAGAACUAUUAAAUGCAGUCUAUAGCCCUCUUGACGAAAGGUGGGGGAAACGAAUAACUUCAACAUCGUGCCAUCGAAGAAAUAACAAGUGAAUCAACCGCUGGUACGAGUUAAUAAUGGCUGACACGGCCGGAACAAACCACACUUUCCGAAUCAAAAGCAAAACGAACAAUAUUACAAAACAAUUAAACGGAAAACAGGAUUGAAUUUAUAAAAAAAAAAGAGAAACCUUAACCACAGAAUGAAAAAUAGAAGAAAUACAUCUAAAGGUAAAAUUUGAAUGGGAUAUUGCUUGAAAAAUAAUCUUAGAUAAGCAUGAUAAGUAUAAUAUGGAAUAUUGGGUUAGGUAUAAGGCACUUGAUAGAAAUAUUCGAACUUAAACCAAGAUUUCAUAUAGCACUUGAAUAUUUAGCAUUUCCUAAUUUAACCUUUUUUAUUAUAAAUAAAUCAAGGAAAGAAUGAAACAAUAAAAUUGACGGUUAGAUGUUAUAGGAAAACAGUAUUGUUAGCCGAAUUUAAUUGAAUAUUCAUAAUAUGAAAUACUAUUAAAACUACGCUAAAAUAUAAAUACGAGAGAAAUGUUAUAUGCAAAUAAAUUUGGACUACGAAUUACAGUGAAUUUAACGUAACUGACGAUAACUGAAUACCUAAACAUCCGAACAUUCAUUUUAAAAUGAUUGUGCAUCAAAAAGAAUAUAAAAUCCUCACUAAAACUAUGAAAUCUUAAAUUCGGAUAUAUUACCAAACAAAUGUAUAAAAAUUAAAAAUAUAAAUAUCCAAAGCACUUUCUUUACUAUAUUAAAUUAUAUGAUUUACUGUAUGUCAGCUUCUCUAAUACAAGCAAAGAAGGAGAAACGCAUACCCGAUAAAUUAUAUAAAAUCAGGUUCAAACAAUAAGUAGUGAAAAAGAUACAAGUCCAGAAACAGAUAGAUUGUAUGUAGAAAUGCAGUGACUGUACAUUUCUAGCAGACUGCACUUUGAUUUAAACGAAUUUCAGAAAAAAAAAAACUUCUAGAAACACUAAUAUUUUAUUUAUUACUGCAAAAUAAAAUCUAGAAAAGAUACAGCGAAAAUAUAAACAAAUAUUUCAGAUAUAACUUAAAACAAUGAAUAGAAAAUUGAAAAUCUAUUCUAUCACAAUGAAAACCACAAACACUUAAAAGGAAAGCAAGGAACCUGACAAAUAUAUUUCAUAAUGAACCAGAAAUAGAUAAAUAAUGAAAAACAAUAAUAAAGAUAAUAGUAAUAGAAGAAAAUAGCUCAUAUUAGACAUUAGUAACAAAAUGAGAAUUCAUUAAACCAAAGAAAAAUUUAUCAAUCUAUUUUUCCCCAUAUUGUGUUUAUCUUUUCUUUGAGAAUGGCAUUUACACUACAAGCUAAUCGCUAUUAUUCUUGCAAUUCAAGCUAAACAAAAAUAAAAAACAACUACAAAACAUAAUUCAAAAAUCCCGCUACCUAAAAAUUUAAAACAAAACAAAAAAAUGAAAAUUAAAAUCUAUAAAGUAUAAAUGAAAGAAAAAUACAAAAAAUUUAAAAGAAAUCUAAAUAAAUCUAUAUAUAAAACUAUAUUACCAUUACUAAAAGAAGAGAAACAAUUAUAAAUGAGCAAAUUAUUGUCUUUCAUUAAAAAUAUAUAAUAGCUAUGGAUGUUACACUAUGUACACGGAUAUGUUAGAAUUCAAGUGAAAAGAAAGAAACAAAACAAACACAAACAUCUUACCGAAACGCAAAAAAAAAAAAGAAAUCAAAAAAACAAAAACAAAAAAUCUUGAAACAUCUGAUGUUUUUGUUUUCUUUGUAGACGAACAAUAGUGAAAACAACAGAUUGUGAAAAAAAAAAACAACAAAAGUUUCAACAAGAAUAAUAAAAAUGUUUGUUUCUUUGGCUGCAGAAUGAAA